AUGGUGCUCUCUCCUGCUGACAAGAACAACGUCAAGGCUUGCUGGGAGAAGAUUGGCGGCCAUGGUGCUGCAUAUGGUGCCGAGGCCCUGGAGAGGAUGUUCCUGUCCUUCCCCACCACCAAGACCUACUUCCCCCACUUUGACCUGAGCCACGGCUCCGCACAGGUCCAGGGCCAUGGCAAGAAGGUGGCUGAUGCUCUGGCCAAUGCCGCGGCCCACGUUGAUGACUUGCCUGGCGCCUUGUCCACUCUGAGCGAUCUGCACGCACACAAGUUGCGUGUGGACCCCGUCAACUUCAAGCUCCUGAGCCACUGCCUGCUGGUGACCCUGGCUGCUCACCACCCGGCCGAAUUCACCCCUGCUGUGCAUGCCUCCCUGGACAAGUUUUUGGCCUCUGUGAGCACCGUGCUGACCUCCAAAUACCGUUAA